AGCCCAAAACCUAGAAGGGCGGGCGCGGCCGAGGCUUAAACCGCGGAACAACAACCGCGCGAGGGCACGCGCGCGGCCGGGGCAGCCCGCUUUCCUUCACACGAAUCGCGGCAGCACCGCGCGGCAGCGGGCGCAACACGCGCGCGCCCACACACCGAUUGGAGCGCCUGCAGGAGUGGAGCGCCGCAGCACGAGCGCGGCCAACGCAGCACAUUAAGUAAGCGAACGUUGACGCGAUGGCGGAGAUCGUGAACGUUGACGCCUUCGAGGACGCCGGCGACGACGCCGCCGAGCCCGCCGAGCCCGCCACGGAGUCGAAGCUCGAGGGCCGGUGGGGCUCGAGCGGCUGGGACGAUACUGAACAGCGCAAGUCGGACUACGAGAGUCAUGCUAGGCCGGAGCCCAUCAACCAGCGCGUCAAGUCGCUGCUGAGAGGCUCAGGUAGUUGGCGCCAAGGAACACAAAGAAACAUCGGUAGCCAAAAGGACCAAGGCCUCCUGAACGACUCCUUCUUCUCGAACGUCGAGGACGUUUUAUUUGAUGACGACCCGGGCGGCUACGACAGUGAAGAGUCGGUAGAGGAGGUCUUCGAGGCGAUAGAAGGCAUCUAUUGCCCGCCACUCACGCUCAAGGAGCACGAGUGGUACUGUACCCACGUCCUCAACUUACAUAAAGAGACCAAAUCGAGCUGGGACGAGCUGUUUUUUGAUUUGGCCUUGGUGGCGGCGUUCGGGUCGCUGGCGUCGUGCCUGACCCUAUCAUCUGAGAGUGAUGUACAUCAUAGGAGGUUGUCUUCGAGUGAUGUCCAUAUGAGCUUCCCGCGAGCCGUGUUUUUAUAUUGUCUCGAGACGGCGACGGUGAUCUCUGUCCGACGUUUUACGGACGGCCACCGGGCCCAGUGGCGGCGGAACGACUUAUUCGGCUCUCUCUUACUCCUGGGCCGGGCGAUCUGUUGCCUGGGCAUGGGCGGUGCGCGGCCGGCGUCCCUUGGUCUUCGAGCGUCGCGGCGAUGGCGUCUUGCGCUGUCCGAGUCCCCUUGCGAGCGUCGCUGCGAUGGCGUGCCGGUGUCGGCGGCGUCGCGUCGAUGGCGUAUACGUGGGCUUGGCCAUGGUCUGGGCCAUAGGCUCGGCUGUUGGCUCCACGACCAAUCAUCCGUGGGCUCGAGGCUCCGCAGUGGGCUCGGCCGUAAGCUCGGACGCCCCGGCAUGGGGUUGGACGCCAUCUGCGAGAGACACCAUACGCCAUCGACGCGAGAGCGCCCCACACGCCACCGCCGCGACUCACCUUCAAUAUUCACGCAGGCGCGGCGCCGCACGGCGAUGCAUGUGUCUGGAAGUUCCACGCCUGGAACGCGCUCGCGAACGGUUUGGGGCUGUGGUCCGUCGCCGAUUCGUUCCUAAGCCAGCCGAUCCACUGGCGGACGCUGACGACGGAAGCUGUUAACCUCAUAGCGAAUGCAUUCGUAUCACUCCUGUUCGUGGUCAUUUUACAUCCAGACCUAGGACACAUAGAAAUAGGCUGGCUCGGGUACGCGUUGUGGGCCAUUUACCUGCCGUUCAUGUACUGUGGGAGCUGGAUGCUUCCUCAUAGCGGGAUCGGGCCCCACUCGUUAUCGACGUUAGUCGUUAAUGUGGAGUACGUCUCGGAGCGAUUCGGGCUGCUCGUCAUCAUUACCUGUGGGGAAUCUUUAUUUGCCGCCGUCGCUAUUUUACAACAGAGCGACAGCGUGAAGAAGAUGCUCGUGGCCUGUCUCAGUGUUUACUACGCUCUACUGAUCAAGUUACUCUAUUUUGAGUUACAGAGCUGCGUCGCGAAGCACGCCAUCAACGUCAAUGCGUUAAGAAGCAUCAUGUGGACUCUAGCGCACUUACCGUUAUAUAUAAGUGCCGCGGGCGCGGGCGCGGUCUUACAUUGGGCGGCCACGGGUCAUAAAUGGCUUGUUAGGGAACGAAACCUCUUCUUAGGAUUCACCUGUGUGCUACUACUCUCCCUAUCCAUAAUAGCUUUGUUCCACGGCAAGCUCCAUAAUGAUCGGGGAGUGUGGUGGACGAAGAAGAAGGCUCGGGUGUCUAUACGGUUAAUGCUAUGCAUAAUCAUCGUGCUGGGGUGCGUCUGGCCCAAGAAGGAUCGCGAAAACGUCUGGACGAUAUUAUACGUUUGCGCGUUAGUUACGAUCGACUUUAUGUAUGAGUUCUAUGCGAAGCGGGCGUUGUUUGUCGAGCACCAGAUCGAGGACCGGGAACACCUCACGGAGGAGGAACUUGAAUUGCGGAAAUUGUUGGAGACGCUUACUGGAGAUCAGUUGAAUGUGACGGUGCCCGCUGGUCUGAGACAGGGCGACUCGUUCAAAGUAAAUGAGGAGACGAUCACCGUGCCCCACGGCUUUGUGGCGGGCGCUUCUCCUCGACUGGCGGCGUCGAACCGGCUGAGGGAAGUGCGCAAAAAAUUGAAGAACAUCGGGUCGUCCGUUGAGGACGCGCGCGCUCGCGCCGAGAAGCGGGAACGAAUCACGGCCGCCAAGGCCAAGCUCGCGGCGGCGCGGCGCAAAAUUACAUUAGCAAGGCGCAUCCGGCCGCCGACCGAGAGAGUGCGUUCACCGACCAUAUAAAUUCAUUUUUAGUG